AGAAAGGCAGCCGCAUAUCAAAUUUCAAAAGAAUCAAUAGGAAGAAGAAGAUAAGAGAAAGAGGAGCUGAUUUUGAGAAAGCUUGUUUUGAUUUUGAGAAAGCUUGGUUUGUCAAAUUUCCAAAAGUUGAAGCUUUCACUCACUCUGAGCGGCAUAUCUCUUUGAGGCUCGACUCUCCUUCAGAUGUCAAGUGUAGACAUAUCAAACGAAGUUCUAAUUUCCAAUGCUAAUUUGCAAGUGCAAAAUAUGGAGAGUGGAAGUGACAUGAAUCAUCUGCAAUAUAAUUGUGUUAGAUUUGAUAGAUUGUCUGCGAAUGAUGUUCUAGGCAAGGAGUUUAAAUCUGUUGAGGAAGCAGAGAUCUUUUAUUUUGCUUACGCCAAGGCAAUGAGGUUUGAUGUUAGAAAGGAUGACAAGUAUGUAAGUGCAAGGACGGGGAGAGUCACAAUCCGUCAAUUGGUUUGUUCUGCACAAGGGAAGAGACGGGAGGAAUAUAUGAACAACAGUAACAAGGUCCGUAUGCCAAAAAAAUUGACAAGGUGUAAUUGUCCAUGUUUGUUCAAGGUAAGAUAUUUUAAGAAGAAUAACUCGUAUGUUGUAGUUGAUUUCAAAACAAACCAUUCCCAUGAUCUUGCACAGCCACACGAGUCACAUCUUCUCAAGUCACAUCGAUCUGUACCAGAUUCUCAUUUAGCAUUAGCUAAAUCUAUGAGGAGAGUACCGAUUAAGGUUUGUCAUACAUACCAAUACAUGGCUGACAGAGCUGGAGGCCUUACGAAAGUCGGUUUUCUAAGGAAAGAUCUGUACAAUAAGUUGGAUAUAAGUCGUCGAGAGGCUCUACUUGAAGGGGAUGCAAAAGCUGCACUUUCAUAUUUGGAAGGAAAAGCAGCCACAGACAAGAAGUUAUUUUGCAAGUAUAGCACAGAUGAGAGUAACAGGUUGGCUAACUUGUUUUGGAGAGACUCAACUUCAUUGCUUGAUUAUUCUUGUUUCGGAGAUGUGUUGGUAUUUGACAGCACGUACAAGACCAAUCACUAUGAGAAGCCGUUGGUAUUAUUUGCUGGUUCAAACCAUCAUUUAUCGACUACGAUUUUUGGUUUUGCAUUACUAGUUGAUGAGACGGUUGAGACAUAUACAUGGGCUUUGCAAAUGUUUUUAGAGUCUAUGAAGGGCAAAAAACCCAUUGCAGUGCUAACUGAUGGAGAUGAAGCAAUGCGGAAGGCCAUUGAAGUAGUAUUUCCAGAUUGUCCACAUCGUUUAUGUACAUGGCAUAUUGCAAAGAAUGCUCAAAGUAACUUGCAUAAUCCAGAAGUAAUUGCAGAGUUUCGGAGAUGUAUGUUUGAUGAAGCAACCCCAUAUGGUUUUGAGCAACGGUGGAAUGAUAUGGUGAACAAAUUUGAUCUUCAUGAUAAAAAUUGGGUAAGAAUGAUGUAUGAAAAAAGGCAUAAAUGGGCUGAAGCGUUUAUUAAUGGUCACUUUUUUGCUCGAAUGCGUAGUAUCCAGCGGUGUGAGGGCAUGAACAAUUGUGUGAAGGAUUAUCUUAGCACCGGAGUGAAAUUGUUUGAACUGAUGCCACUACUUGAUUCAGCAUUAGCACGGCUUAGAAAUAAUGUACUUCAAGAAGACUUCCGAUCAAAUAACUCUAGUCAUGUGCUUACUACUCAACUCCGACAGUUGGAGAAACAUGCAUCCACUAUUUACACUGACAGUGUAUUUUACCUAGUACGUGAGGAGAUAGAGCGGGUUGGAGGACUGAUCACAUCAAGAAUUAUGCGUUUCCGCACAAGUAGUGUGUACAUAACAUCCAGUUAUAAUAACAAUGAAGAGAAUGAGUGCACGACUGUUUACCACCAUCUGGAAAGCAAUCCUCACAUAGUAUGAUCUUGUAAACUUUUUGAAUGUGAGGGCAUCCCAUGUUGCCAUUCAUUUAACAUUAUGAAGCACGAACAUAUGAAGGAGAUACCUUUGUCUUUGGUGAUGAAACGGUGGACAAAACACGCAAAAUCUGAAAUUCAAUCCACAAUUCCUGAGGACAAUAUACCUGGUGAAGCUCUACAAUUGAUCAGGCACGGCGAUUUAAGUUAUUUGGGUAGUAAGGUAUCUUACCUAGCAUCGAAGACAAAGGAGGGCACUGACAUUUUGAGAAAUGAACUCGUUAAACUAGAGCCGGUAUUGGAAGAGAUUUUGAAUCAACAAAAAGAAAUCAUUGUUAGUUCAAGCGAUUGUGAUAACAUCCUGAAAGAUCCAAUCAAGGUCAGAAGCAAAGGUAUGCAGGGUACUGAAAACAGCAAACGACCUAAGAACAACCAAAAAUGUAGUUUGUGCAAGAACUACGGACAUACAAAACCUAGAUGCCCAAAGAAAAAUAGGGUACGUGGCAGAACCAGUCGUGUAAACCAUGAUAAGAAUUUCAAUUCAGAUAAUGUGCAGCAGCCUCCCAAAAAGAAACCAAAGGUUUGACGAUUUAGUGAGAUUGAAGUUUGAUACUUACUCUGUGUAACGAUAGCAAUUGUGGAGUUCUUUCUUGUCCUUGAUCUAUAUUAAUUGGCAGUUUGAU